UUCGCCCGUCCCUCACCUUUUGUUACGUCGUUGGUUGGUGUUUUUGUUCUCUACGAAAUUAUUUCCCUCACCGUUCAAGAAAUACAAUUUUUGCUAAGUGUUAGUCGCAGUUGAGUGAAUUAUGUUUAGGUUAUCAUUAGUACAGUAAAUUGUGUGUUUGUUGGUAUUUUGUCGUCGUCCACCGCCCCAAAAUGCCCCCAUGCGCCCCUUUCUCGUAGUUAAUGUUUGUGGUGACCUGCUGUCAACGAGGGCACUCAAUUUCGGCACGUUGUCAAAAUCAGACAGUGACACAACAGCACAACACUUCCAGGAGUCAAAAAAUGGAGAUCGACGAAGACAGCUUGUGCGAAGACUCGGGUAACGAGACCAGCGGCGACGACGUCGAUUUCAACGUGGAGGUGGAGAGCACCGCCAAGGACCCGCAGCCCUACGACGACGAGUACCAGUACGAGGUGCUCUCCACCAGCGACAUCGUCCAGUACAUGUCGGACAUCAUCGACGAGGUGAACAACGUGGUGCAGCUGCCGCCGACGACGACGCGCAUCCUCCUCAACUACUUCAACUGGGACAAGGAGAAGCUGAUGGAGCGCUUCUUCGACGGGGACCAAGACGAGCUGUUCAAGGAGGCCAACGUGAUAAACCCCUUCAAGAGCUUACCGCACGCCACGCGCCCCAAGUUCUCGCUGAAGAUCAAAGGGACGGAGGAGUGCGACAUUUGCUUCAUGGUGUGCGCCCCCGCGCACAUGACGGGCUUGGAGUGCGGGCACCGGUUUUGCUACCAGUGUUGGAACGAGUACCUCACCACGAAAGUUGUAGAGGAGGGCGUGGGGCAAACCAUUGCUUGUCCCGCCCUCAAUUGCCCCAUUCUGGUCGACGAUGAGACUGUUAUGAGACUAGUCAAGGAUUCCAGGGUUAAAAUUAAAUACCAACAUUUGAUUACUAAUAGUUUCAUCGAAUGCAACAGGCUGCUACGGUGGUGUCCCAGUCCCGACUGCAAUUACGCCGUCAAGGUGUCUUACGUGGAUGCGAAACCAGUGACGUGUAUCUGCACCCACGUGUUCUGUUUUUCAUGCGGUGAGAACUGGCACGACCCUGUCAAGUGCAGUUUGCUGAAGAAAUGGAUCAAAAAGUGCGACGAUGAUUCCGAAACGUCUAACUGGAUCUCAGCAAAUACGAAAGAGUGCCCCAAAUGCGGGGCUACUAUCGAGAAAGACGGCGGUUGUAACCACAUGGUGUGCAAAAACCAGAACUGCAAGGCCGAUUUCUGUUGGGUUUGUUUGGGUUCGUGGGAGCCUCACGGCAGUUCGUGGUACAAUUGUAAUAAGUAUGAUGAAGAUGAGGCGAAGGCGGCGCGCGAUGCCCAGGAAAGGUCACGUGCGGCCCUGCAGCGCUAUCUGUUUUACUGUAACCGAUACAUGAACCAUAUGCAGUCGUUGAAGUUCGAGCACAAGCUUUAUUCGUCGGUUAAGGAUAAGAUGGAGGAGAUGCAGCAGCACAAUAUGAGCUGGAUUGAGGUGCAAUUCUUGAAGAAGGCGGUGGAUAUUUUGUGUAAAUGCAGGCAGACGUUGAUGUAUACGUAUGUCUUUGCGUAUUAUUUGAAAAAGAAUAAUCAGUCUGUGAUAUUUGAAGACAACCAAAAAGAUUUAGAACGUGCCACGGAGCUGCUGAGUGAGUAUCUCGAGAGGGAUAUAACUCAGGAGAAUCUUGUUGAUAUUAAACAAAAAGUACAGGAUAAGUAUAGGUAUUGUGACGGGAGGAGGAAAGCUCUGUUGGAUCACGUGCAUGAAGGGUAUGAAAAAGAUUGGUGGGUCUGCAAGGAGGCGUAGGAUAACGUUGGGAAUUAUUGGGAUUUUUAAACAAUAAAGUUUUAUUUCUUAAAA